ACUCGUAGUCCGCCGCAGGGAGUCCCGCCCCCUCGCGGCUCUCGCGCUUCUAGGCGCCGCUGCCACUUCCGGCCCCGUCGCGUGGCCGCGCGUACGGAGAGGACGGCGGGUCGGGCCCCCGCGCUCGGCCUCUGGGGCGCGCUCACAGGCGCUCGUGCUGGGCUCGCUGCGGGAGCGCGCUCACCGCGGAGCCGCGCUUGCUGCCCUAUCCCUACCCCUCAGUGUCCGCGCCCUGAGGCCCAGCCAGGAAGCGGCUGGGCCGGAGGCCUAGGUAGGGCCCCGGGCGGCAUGGGCGUGGGAAGCCCGAGGCCUGGCCCUAGCCGGCGCCGUCGCCGGCGCGGCCCCGUGGAAGCCGGAAGCCCGCCGUGACCCCACUGACCCGGGCUGUUCUCGGUUUGCUCAGCACGUAGUGGAAAUCGAAAGUGCCGACGAGGCGCUAUCAUGGAAGCACUAAUUGAAGAUGACAUCUGUAUUCUGAACCAUGAAAAGACUCAGAGAAGAGAUGCUGUGACUCCUAUGUCAAUCUAUACAGGAGAUGAAUCUAUGGCUUCACAUUUUGCCCUUGUCACUGCAUAUGAGGACAUCAAAAAAAGACUUAAGGAUUCAGAGAAAGAAAAUUCCCUCCUAAAGAAAAGAAUAAGAUUUCUGGAAGAAAAGCUUCUUGAAACACGAUUAGAUGAAGAAACCAGUUCAGUGGGAAGAGAAAGAGUAAAUAAGGCCUAUCAUGCUUAUCGAGAGGUCUGCCUGGACAGAGAUAAUUUGAAAAGCAAAUUGGAUAAAAUGAAUAAAGACAACUCUGAAUCUUUGAAAGUAUUAAAUGAACAGCUACAGACUAAGGAAGUAGAACUCCUUCAGCUCAGGACAGAGGUUGAGACUCAGCAAGUUAUGAGGAACCUAAAUCGACCUUCAUCAAACUGGGAGGUGGAAAAGUUGAGCAGUGGCCUAAAGAUCCAUGGUUUGGAACAGGAGCUGGAGCUAAUGAAAAAGGAAUGUAGUCGUCUAAAAGUGGAGCUACAGAAAGCCAAACACAAGGAUCAGUCUCAGGAAGACAAUCUCAAUAAAACGGACUUCCAAAGGCCAAGCAUUCCAAGUGAUAACAUCCACCAUGCCUACCGGGAACUGAAGAGAGAAAUGUCUAAUUUACAUCUUGUGACUCAAGUGCAAUCUGAACUACUAAGAAAAUUCAGAACUCCAUCUACAAUCAAGAAAGCUUGUGCUCCAGUCCAGUGUGUUGAAGACCUCGUGAAGGACUGUACAAAAUUACAUUUGACAUCUUUAACUGCAACCUACAAAAGACAUGCUCCUCUUUCGCCAAAUGGCAAAGUUCUCUGUAGUCCCAUGGGCUCCCCUUUGCCUGGAGAUACAAAGAUUUUAUUAGAGAGAGCCAGUCUCCAGUCAUGGGCAGAUAACGAGAGAGUCAUUCCAAGUGGUGGCACAAACUUUCAGGAACAGAAUUCCUGUGGCAGAAGUUCUUUAGAAGACAAUUCGUGGGUAUUCCCAAGCCCCCCAAAAUCCAGUGAGACAGUAUUUGGGGAAGGUAAAAGUAAAACAUCAUCCUCUAACCUGCAGCACCUGGAUCAACAUAAUCAAAACUGCCUUUACAAGAACUAAUUCAGAAGACAGUCAUGGCCUCUUGGGAAGAGCUGUCAGCUUCGGGAGGGACCUUUCCUGGUGAAUGAACUGAAAGUAGAUUUGGAUGAUUCCAUUGUGGCAUGGUGUCCUGUGACCAUCCUCAAUUUCCAGAACACUUGAAUUUGCACAAAGGAUCCUGCAAUCAUGUAGAUAAGGGUGUUUCUUUCAGUAUAGAGUAAAAUAGCUGUGCUAACCAGCUCUAUUUUAGCUCAGUAUAGACACAUGCACUACUUAAUAAACAACAGAGAUUCCUUUAGUGUUUUUAAAAGACAACUCUACCUUUGAUAACAGUGGCUGUAGACUUAAGAGAUAAGAAGUUUAAAAUUCAAAUUGAAUAAGGUGGGAAAAGGUGAAACAAAUGCGGGCUUGGCUGUAAUUAGGGAAUAUACACCACUAAGACGAUUCAGUGCUCAGGAACCUACAUGCUACAUGUGUGGGAAGAAAGGACACCUGAUGAGGUGUCAGAUAAAGAAAAGGGAUAGAACUAGUUUUUGAGCUUGAGUUCAGAAAUAUAGGACCAAGAUUUAUAAGGUGUCUAAAUCAUAAAUAUGUUUCACUCACAAGAGUAGAAAGGUUGAUGGGAGUUUGGGUUCAAAUCAUGUAAAUUACAUUUUAAAAAAGACUAAGGGAACAAGCAACUAAUAAAAUGUAUUUCAAUUCCCAUUGGUCUUUUUAUGAAUAUGUCUAAAUUGUGAAAAUAUUAGUAUGGAAUAACUUCUAUGGAUAAUCCAUUUCGGUCUAACAUUUGAGUUCAAAUUUUUAGAAUUAAAAUUGUUGUCUAAACCCAAUGGUGCUUAUUACUGUGAGAAUUAAGAGAGAGGAGAAAAUUAUUCAGGAGACAAACCAAAAUUGAAAUACCCCUGACUGGCCAAUUGAGGAUCCAUUUUGGAAUUUGAACAGUGAGGAAGGUCACAACAAACUACUUAGGAAGGCAGGCAAUGUUAAAAACAAUGAGGGAGUGCUCAGACAGGCCAGGGACUUGGACAAAAUUCAAGAAACUGAGGCAAGAGAGUGGAGAAACUCCUCUACAUUCAUGGACAGGCUUAUAGAAAUGGGAGAAUGGUAUAUAGACCCGGACAUAACAAAAGAAGGGAUGUAUGCCAUUUAAGGAGACAAUUUGUAAACACCUGUGCAGUGGUUAAGGACUAUUUCAAAAUGCAGUGCCCACACUGGAACACUAUAGAACUGGAUGAAUUAAGGCAUGUAGCGACAUAUAUUUCUAAUGCAGACAAGGAAAGAUGUGAUAUGAGGGAAACAAUGAGCUGAUAGAAGAGCUAACAAAAGAGAUAAGAAGUUUAAAAUUCAAAUUGAAUAAGGUGGGAAAAGGUGAAACAAAUGCGGGCUUGGCUGUAAUUAGGGAAUAUACACCACUAAGACGAUUCAGUGCUCAGGAACCUACAUGCUACAUGUGUGGGAAGAAAGGACACCUGAUGAGGGACUGCAGAUGUUGGGGUCAAGUGUUUAGACAAAAUGGGAAUAACUUUAGAGGAAAUUACUUUUGGUACAACAACGGUUUUAGAAAUGGCAGUAGGUACAACUGAGGCAAUUGGUAUGGGUACAAUGGAUACCAGGAUAGAUAGUGACCAGGGGAAAAUCAAACUGAAACAAUUCAACCAUAAAAUUAUUUAAGAAAUGGUACACAUCCAAAAUAUCCCCAAGUUCUAAAUACAAAAACCCAGAGACAAGAAUCCCAAACAUAGCCUGUGCUCCUGUACUCACAUCGGUAAGAUCACAAAUGCUCACCAUUACUUUUAUGUGAUUUUAAUUCUGUUUAUAACCCAGACCACUCAGUCACUGGAACCAAUGGAGUUCAAUAGCUCCCUUAAGCAUUCAAGUUAAAAGUAAGAUUUUUUUAAAUUAAAAAAAAAAGACAAAAUAAUUGGAAAACUUCUUUUGUGUGUGGGAAAACUACAUAUUAUUAAUUGGGUGAUAGAUGGAAUCAGGUAGAAAAUGUUUUACAAUUUCAGAUAUAUCAGUAUGUUAAGAGGUGCAUGUGAGUAUUCAAAUGUGUGUGUAACUGGCAAAAGGAAUAAAUUGUCCCCAAGUGACCACACUAGCUGCCUUUUCUUUGGUAAAGCAGUUUAAUUUUUAAAUGGCAACACAUUAACCUCAUGGAGAAAAUUUCAAAUUGAGUCAAGAAUCCCAAAUUACUGAAUGAAUUUUUGUGGGGUUGCCAGAGUUUGGGGCAAGUGAAAGCUGAAGUCAGUUCACAAGGCUGGAGGAAACAGCUGGCCUUCCAGGAAGCUUGAAGGUAACUUGGAUUGUGUAUCCUAUCCGUUCCUUGUAACUUUUGCCAUGCUGACAUCUUCCUCAUGUAGACACCUUUUUGCCUUGGGAUCUUGAGUGUUCCAUGUAGAAUUCUAGCCUUUUUCCCCCUUUUCGAGAUUGGGCAAUUUUGUGGGGUUUUUUUCUUUAAACUCAAAAGAAUUCCUCAAGCCUCCUGCUGUAUUACUGAACAGCAUACAUAAACAAGAGCAGAUAUUGUUUGUAUCUUUCUAUUAUCUUGCUCACGUAUACUGGCUUGUCUGUGAUUAAUGGAAAUGGUGUCAGAUGCUGGAAUUUAUUCUGACCAAUGAACACAGCUGACUCAAGGGAGUACAAUCUCUUGCAAAGUAAUAGAACAAACCCAAUAUGCAUAAAACAAAUACAAGUCACUAGGCUUUAGCUGAUAGAACCAACUACCUGUGUAAUAACAAAGUGGCAGAAACUAUUUCUCAUGUGGCUGCAUAGACUGUCUAUUAUAUCUGAUCUCUAAUGUAGCUUACUGGUGUUGCUUUUCCUUAACCAAAAUUAAGUCUCUUCUUUUUCUUUUUAAAAGUAGUCAAUUGGGAGAGAGACUGGUUUGAAGAACAUUCUGAACAAUACAAAGAUGAAAUCAUAUUGUUUGAUCGAAAUAAAUUAUUUUUGUUUGAAA